AAGAUCAAUUGUGACUAUGAUGAAAAACAAGGUGGAAUUAUGAAGUCUGAGCCAGUAGAAAUUGGAGAAGAACCCAGAAUCCUUUAUAACUGCAGGCCGGAAUAUGGAGACUAUGACCACAUGGAACUGGAGAGGCAUUCUGAACCAUGUGACCUUGUCAAAUCAAAUACUGCAAAACUGAAGUGUGACAUUUGUGGAUUGGGUUGUGUCAGCCUCAACGUUCUGGUGGUUCACAAACGCAGCCAUACUGGUGAGCGCCCUUUCCAUUGCAAUCAGUGUGGAGCCUCAUUUACUCAGAAGGGAAAUCUUCUCCGCCAUGUUAAACUUCACACUGGGGAAAAGCCAUUCAAAUGUCACCUUUGUAGCUACGCUUGUCAAAGAAGAGAUGCACUCACAGGUCACUUAAGGACACAUUCUGUGGAGAAACCAUUCAAGUGUGAAUUCUGUGGACGGAGUUAUAAGCAGAGAAGUUCAUUAGAGGAACACAAAGAAAGAUGUCGGACAUACCUGCAGAAUGCUAGCCUCAGUGAAGCUGAAAGUUCAGAGAGAAGGCACAUCAGAACUGAGAUGGGGACUGAGCGGGCCCUUGUCCUGGACCGCUUAGCAAGCAAUGUUGCCAAACGAAAACGUUCCAUGCCACAGAAAUUUAUUGGUGAAAAACAUCCUAACUUUGAAGUGAAUUACAGCCAUGGCUUUUUAUAUGAAAAGGAGAGAGAGGCUAUGCUGCCAGGGUGCAUGGCAGAGCAAGCCUUCAACAAUGCCAUUGGCUAUCUUGGUGCAGAGCCAGCACGCUCACUUGUGCAGACCUCAGCUGCUCCAACUUCAGAGAUGGUGCCUGUUAUCAGCAGUCUGUACCCUCUUACAUUCACUCACACUGAAAUGCCCAAUAACAACCCACUGAAAAUGGAAAGGAGUGACAUCCAACCGAGAGACAAGAUACCUACUGAGCAAGGCCUUUCUCCAAACAAUAGUGGUCAAAAUUCUACAGAUUCAGAUAACAUUCAAGAAGAGAACCAGAAUCAUGCCUACCUUCAAAAUCAAAUGGUUCCUCCUCCUUUGCAGGCCAGGAAUGGACUGCUGACUUUCAAGGAAAACCCUAGAUCAUAUGACAUGUUCAGGCAAUCAACCAUUUGUCCUUGUGAUGUCUUGAAAGUUUUCAACAAAGAAGGUGAACCCGUUGGAUUCUUUCGAUGUGAUCAUUGCCGUGUUCUUUUCUUGGAUUAUGUUAUGUUCACUAUCCAUAUGGGAUGUCAUGGUUUUCGUGACCCUUUUGAAUGUAACAUGUGUGGGUACAGGAGCCAUGACAAAUAUGAGUUCUCCUCCCACAUAAUUCGGGGUGAACACAGAGUGGGUAUGAUAUGAGAGCACAAUUACUCUAUUCUUUUCUGAGACACUCUGUAUUGCAAAAAUCAGCCAGUUUUUGAAGUAGAGUUAAAUAUUGAGUUUUCUCAAGAAGAUAAAGCAAAACAAAUCUGAUCACGAAUGUAUGAAUGGGUAUUUUUAUGAAAUUCACUUAAAGAACUAAAGUGUUCAACAUUCUUUGAUCAGGAACUGAGAAGGUUAAACAUUAUACUUUCUAAUACAGGCAGCAUAAUAAGAUCUUUUUUAAAAACAAAGAUCUCCUUAAAUUCUGACGUUUUUAGAAAAACUGGUUUAUUUUUCAGUGAUUCUCUGCUUUUCAACAUUUUAUUAACAAUGUACUAAUUUUUGGCCCAACCAUCUUUUGUCUAGUUAAACAUCUUUUGCAUGUCUUGUGGCAAAGCAUUUACUGUAUUAUAGUGCUACCUAACUCCAGCAGAUCUUACUGCCUUAUUUUACUACAUGCUUUUUAAUGAAAACAAAGGCUUCUUCAAUACUAGACUUCUAUUAAGCUGUCAAACUGCCUUAUUCAGAAUUCUACUAGAUGUCCAAAUGACAUCACCUUCUAUUUCUAACCAUCUUGUCUCAGAAUUGCAAUAAAGAAAAAAACCUCCCAAAUCGCUCCACAAUGUCUUUCAGCAGCACUCUGGAAACACAUAAUGAUGAUACAUAGAAAGGAAUAAUGACAAAACUAAGGGUUUUUCUUACAGGAAGAAAUUACAAUUUAGCAAACAUAUAGAACUCAUGUGAUUAAGACCUAAGGAAUGCCAACAAGAAGGAAAAUUUUAAAAUGUGGAAACCUGUGACUGAAUUAGAAUCUAAAUCAUUAUGAACCCAAAGUGCUGAACAUGUAACUCAUUGCCAUCUUUAGUAUUAAAAGUAGGUUUAGGGAUAGUGCUAUAGGAUUGGCAUAAUCAUGUUUUGGACAUCUAAGUGAAUGUACACGUUUAUGUGAACAUUGGAUAAAGAUUUGUAGGGGAAGAAUUUAAGAAUUUCUUAUACAUGCCAUUCUUUGAUUCAUGCACUGUAAUAUUUAGUCAAUAGAUAUUUGAAAUCAUGUGUUAUAAGGAUAUUUGUCAAAUUUUCUGGGAAUGCCUUUAGCUUUUGUUGAAUAUUGAGUACUGAACACAAGAUGGGUAGCUAGGAUUUGUUGUUUUUCUAGGAAUGAAGUUAUCCUCUGUAAUAUUAGUAUUCCAAUCCAAAAGCGGCAUCACGUGGACAAUAAUAGCCUGCUAGCUAUAAAAACAAACCAAGCAGAAGACAAUUUUGUUUUUUUCUGUCCUUCAAGAUAAACUCCAGAUUUGAUGAAGAGGGAAGAUUGGGGGGUGGGGGUGGAGUGGAGGUGAAGACAUGCCACCACAUUUCAAUGAAAUAUGUUUCAAUGAAAUGUCAAUGUUUCUUCUGAGCAAAAUAGUAUGGGAAUUUUGAAGG